CAUGGCCGUAAUGGUAGGAGAUAUUGGCGAUCCUGAAAUAAACACUGACGUGAGUUUUAUGGGAAUUUGAGAAGACCCGUUCCCCAACUCUGAACGGUCUCUCUUGAGGAAUUUAAGCCUUUUAUACGUUUUAUCCCCCAAGCUAAAUUGUUCGCCACCAAUUAACUAAUUGCGUUGAAAUUGGUUAUGGUUCAAUAAGUCGAUGAACCCUUGUAAGUUUUACGUUCGUCUACUAUUGUUUAUUCCCACCUACGCUUCGAACGUUAACGAUGCUAGACAUUAGUGUCCUCGCAGAUUGAAUGGAUCUCGGCCAAUGAUGGACCACACUGAGCUUACACAAUUUGCUCUCAAACAACUUUUCUACCAGGUGAAACAAGGUUUCCCCGAAGUACCUGACGCAGUUGUCAAUGACUGCAUCAGAAAGGCUGGUUACAACAGACGAGCUGCAGAGGCCCUGCUGCAGAAAGAAGCCCCCAAGUAUGGACGGUUUCCCCUCGUCAAGAAAAUGCCUCAGGGUCCCCCCAAAAGCCUGUCGGCAGGGAAUUCACCACUUGAUGGUGGACACAAACCCCUCGUUGACUGCUUGACACCAACCAAAGUUCCUCCGCCACUGCCAGUCACUCCCCCAGUGGGUGCAGCUGCCUCUACCGGUCCUAGUCCACCGAUCUACACGUCCCCACUCUACCGACCCGAUAUCGACUUGUCUCUGCCGCCUCCAGACCUCACUGGUGGACGAGGGGCCUCGUCCCAAGUCCAGGUCUUUUGCGAUCAGCCGAGAUCGUCCACGUCAGUCAACGUUAUCCUGCAACCCGACACUGUUCCUUACGUCACCUACUCGUCGGCCUCGACGGACCACCACCGAGGGUUGCACUCUCAACUGAAAAUCACAAUCAGUCCUCAAGGAGGAACAGUUUCGGCCGUCCAGCGGUCAAACAUACUCUCCCCAUGGCACUACGGUGUGGGACCGGCCCCGAAUUCCGGCAGCAUAAACUGUCUGCAUAGCCAACAGCAGCCUUCGAUGUCUUCGGUUAGUUUACCGGACCAGGCGGAGCACAUCCGGGAGCAAUGCGAACGGCGGGAGUCUUUGCGUCGAUCCCUGGCCGAGGAUCGCCAACGGUUGACCUCGCUGAGCCAGAAAGUCGAACGCCUUCAAGAAGAAUUGACCAAAGAGAAACAGCUUCUGGACACCAAUAAUCUACCCCGAAGAGAACCGAUCCAGCAACCGCAGCAGCUACCACCUGCUGUCCGGUUUCCUCAUUUCCCGCAUCCAAUCCAGCGCCAACAAGCAGUUGUUGAUUUGGAACAUCUCAAAGGCGAAGUCCGCAAUUUGGAACAGGAGUGCCAGCGGAUGUGCCAAGAGCUGUUCAAUCGGCAGAGCGACACCAACAUCCGGAAUCCGCCUUCGACUCCGUCUACUCCUCACUCGGCCGGCACUCCAACUUUCCACAACGGGACUCCGCCUCCGCUGGUUGCCACCGUGACGGAGGAGGACGACGAGUCGGACGGCUGGAACUGCAGCCGUUGCACCUUCCAGAACCACCCGGCGCUGAGCAAGUGCGAGGAGUGCGAUUCGCCUCGGCCGCCUCCCGGCCAGCCGGGCCACUCGUCUUCUCCUUCGUCGUCGCCCAUCGUGACCUCUUCGACCCAACAAGCAGGGGUGAUGGCCGUCCGCAGCUUUAUACCGUACAGUCGCAGGCCGGGAAACAUUCACAUCCACGUCCGUCACCGUCCGCGUAAAUACCAAACCUCACCUCAUUUUGGCUUGAUUGGAAAUUCGUUUUUCAAACAUUUUUUCCCGCCUUUUCGUUAGAAUUUUUUGAAAUUGCCGCUUCUUUUUUCAAAUUUUUAUUUCAAAAAAAGCUUAGAAAAAUGACACACACGCACGCUAUAGACUCGACUAACCGUAACCGUCAACUUCUUUCUGUUCCAGGAACGAUCCAAGGGUGGGGUGUCUAAAAAAACAAAACAAAACACAAACAACGAAAAUGUCAACUCUGGAUUUUUUCUCAUAACCGCCUGUUUUCGCUUCUUUCAUGGAUUUUAUUUUUAUUUUUAUUUUUAAUUUUUUUUUUUCUGGAAUAAUUCCAUCAGCCGCCAUGUCGUCGGACGGUCUGGCCGCCCAAUCACCAGUGAAAUAAUGCCCGAAAGGAAACGGUGAUUUAAAAAAAAACAUGGGUGUGUGUUUUUUCUUUUCUUUUUUUUUAAAUAAUUUCGUUUUCAAUCUCCUUCUUGUCUCCUAGAAAAGCAGCUCGUUUGAAUAUCAUUUCUAAUUUCUAUUCAAUGAAUGAACAUUAUAUAUAUAGCAAAAUAAUUAUUUUCAUUCAUUUUUCACAGUCCUCUUGCGUCUGUCGCUCCCUAUAGCCCGAAUUUCGCCGUGUGUACAUAAAUUAUAAUGAUAUACUUAUUGGUGUUCAUUUUUCAUAUACAAUCAUCAUCCGUCGAAUCAUUUUUCGUUCAACUCUCCGUUAGCUUUUUUGUUUUUUAAAAAUUAAAAUUGUUUAGAAAUUUUUAUGAAUCCGGAACACAGUGUGUAUUAUAAUAAUUAACGAUUAGUGAAAAUCGAACGACAUGUUAACAUGAGGGGUUGGGGGAGGGGCGAUAAGGUGGAGAAAAAAACGGGAGGCGGGGUUGCAAUUCUCAAAAACACACACGCAAUGGAACAUUUUGUAAA